UACAACCUCCCUGUGAAGAGGAAAGGUGCUGCCUGUAGCCGCUGCCGGCUUUUUUUCUGCCGGUGGCUGCCUGACGUCUGUCCUGUUCGCGGAACUAGGGCUGUGCUGAUCUAAUUUUGAUCCCUGUCGCAGCUGCCGACUCUCUCGGGCCCGCUUGGGGCUUCCACAGCAGCAGCCGCCGCUGCCCGCAGGCAGCGCACGGACGAGCCAAGCCAGCUGCCUGGGUGGCGCCGGGGGAGCGGCAGUGGGACUGCGGCAGCAGCUGGGGGACCAUGCCUGUCGUCUUUGCGAAACGCUUGAGGCGGCUGCUGCUGCUGCUGUUGCUCUGCCUCAGCCCCAGCCCCUCGGACGAGAGCCCCGCAGACACAGCUAUGACAACACAAGAUGCAAGUCAGUCUCAGGCAAACUCUAUGACUAAGAUGCAAGCUGGAUUCAAUGAGUCAUCUCCUGAUCCAGAUCCUACCACACAGGAGUUCAAGCAGGCAACUGAAGAAAAUGUGUCUAAUGUGACUUUUGUGAAGUAUGAGGUACUCCUACCUGGUGUUUCUGGUAAACCCAUGGAGAAAAACAUCACUUUGGACAGUGCAACUAGAGUUGAACUUUCAUGCAAAUUGGAUGCUAAGUAUUCGCAUUUGAAAAGCCUUCAAGUGACUUGGAGAAAAGGAAAUGAAACCAUUGGGCACGUUAAUAAAACUGAAAACAGCUGGAGCAUCCAUUUGCAGAUCCUGGAUAACAGUAAACUGGGAAGUUACAGCUGUACUCUGCAAGGUAAAAAAGAAAUCAGCGCUAAGUUUCACUUACAAGUACCAGAAAUUGAAGGAAAAGAAAAACCCAUAGUCAGCUAUGAAGGAGAUACAGCUGUAAUGAUCUGUAAAAUUUCUGGCUAUACACCCCUUGCUUGGACCUGGUAUAUGGCCAAUGGUAGUGAACAGAUUGCCAUUAAUGACUCUUUGCUGGCAGAUAAAUAUGUCAUUAAUGGAGGAUCUGCCAAUGUAACCCAACUGAAGAUACUGAACCUCACCAAGGAAGAUAAUGGCAUAUAUCAGUGUGAAGCUGCAUUUCAAUUAGGGAAAAGCAUAGGAAAGCUGAAACUUAAAGUUCUUGACCUCAUGGUGCCUCUCAGACCCUUUCUAGCAAUUGUGGCUGAAGUUGUUAUUUUAGUAACCGUCAUUUUCCUUUAUGAGAUGUAUUCAAAGAAGAAAGAGAAAUGUGCAACAGAUGAAAAAGAAUUUGACCAAGUUGAGCAACUUAAAUCAGAAGAAAGCAAUGGCCUGGAAAACAGUGGUGCUAGGCACAGAAGAAUUUAAUCUGGUUCCUAAAAAGCCUAGUGACAGGCAGCUUCUGCUUAUGCCAGCUGAAAAUGCUUGUCAGAGGACAGUCUGUUAGUUGAGGACCAAUUCAACACACUUCUGCUCCCUCUCCACAUCUGGCAUCCCAAUCUCUCACCCAAACAUGAGAAAUGAGUGACUGCAUUCUUGUUACUGCUGGUAGUUUAUCACACGCUGUCCCCCUGAGGGAAGAUUUGCCAUGCCAUCUAUAUUAAAGAACCAAAAUAGAAGUAUCAAAUGAAAUUUAUACAAAGAGUAACAACCUUUGUCUCUUUCUCUUAUGUUCCUCUACUUGUUUAGUGCUGUGACCUCAGUUCCAAAAGACUUACCCCCAUAUUGGAGCUAAAGUCUCAUUUUCAUGAAGUCCUUUUGGCGCACGAUACUCAGUGAAUCACUAAGGAUUUGGAUUGGCAAAUUGUAAUAUAUACAUUAGAAUUAAUGUAAUUUUCAAACUAAUAUGAAAUGGAAAUAAUGCAAUAAUAAUAGUGGGAAAAUGAUCAUGUUAUAAG